AUGAAUUACCAGUCUCUCUCUCUCUCUCUCUCUCUCUCUCUCUCUCUCUCUCUCUCUCUCUCUCUCUCUCUCUCUCUCUCUCUCUCAGUUUAUUUGAAACGAACGAAUCAUAUUUGUCGGAAUCGUGCGCGCGUGCAAAAAGGCUUGUACGUUCAAAUAAUUUUCCGGCCCAAACUUUUCAGACAUGGCACUAAAACUUUUGCUUUUUCUUUCUUUCCUUCUUUCUUUCCUCCUUUCAUUUCUUCUUUCUUUCCUUCCUUCUUUCCCCCUUUCAUUUCUUCUUUCUUUCUUUUCUUCCUUCUUUCCCCCUUACAUUCCUUCUUUCUUUCCUUCCUUCUUUCCUCCUUUCAUUCCUUCUUUCUUUUCUUCCUUCUUUCCCCCUUACAUUCCUUCUUUCUUUCCUUCCUUCUUUCCUCCUUUCAUUCCUUCUUUCUUUCUUUUCUUUCCUUCUUUCCUCCUUACAUUCCUUCUUUCUUUCUUUCCUUCCUUCUUUCCUCCUUUCAUUCCUUCUUUCUUUCCUUCCUUCUUUCCUCCUUUCAUUCCUUCUUUCUUUCCUUCCUUCUUUCCUCCUUUCAUUCCUUCUUUCUUUCUUUCAUUCCUUCUUUCCUCCUUUCAUUCCUUCUUUCUUUCCUUCCUUCUUUCCUCCUUACAUUCCUUCUUUCUUUCUUUCUUUCCUUCCUUCUUUCCUCCUUUCAUUCCUUCUUUCUUUCUUUCCUUCCUUCUUUCCUCCUUUCAUUCCUUCUUUCUUUCCUUCCUUCUUUCCUCCUUUCAUUCCUUCUUUCUUUCUUUCCUUCCUUCUUUCCUCCUUUCAUUCCUUCUUUCUUUCUUUCCUUCCUUCUUUCCUCCUUUCAUUCCUUCUUUCUUUCUUUCCUUCCUUCUUUCCUCCUUACAUUCCUUCUUUCUUUCUUUCCUUCCUUCUUUCCUCCUUUCAUUCCUUCUUUCUUUCUUUCCUUCCUUCUUUCCUUCCUUCUUUCCUCCUUUCAUUCCUUCUUUCUUUCCUUCCUUCUUUCCUCCUUUCAUUCCUUCUUUCUUUCUUUCCUUCCUUCUUUCCUCUUUACAUUCCUUCUUUCUUUCCUUCCUUCUUUCCUUUCUUCUUUCUUUCUUUCUUUCUUUCUUAUCGCCUUUAUUUUUCUGUUUCUUCCUUUUUCUUCUUUCUUCCUCCCCUCUUUACUUUGUUGCUCCAUUGUUCUUUUUUUUGUUUCCUCAUUCUCCUUAGUUUUCUUCUUCUUCCCUAACUUCUAUUCAUCUUUUUUCUAA